AUGGAGCCCUACGACUGGGAUGCCAUACGGGAAGACGAGGACAAGGUGUUGAUCCCGCUGACGAAGGCCUCCAUCAUGGCAGGGGGAGUGUUCGAACGGGAUGACGGCUUCCUGAAGAUCAACAGCGAGCGGGGCCUCUUGGUGGUUGGCACGCCGAAGGAUUGGGCAGGGCUGCAGGGAGGUCGCUUGAGAGCGAUGCUUGCAUUGUGUGCUCGAAUGACGAAACGUACCACGAUUGCGAGGAGCGAGGAGAUGCAGGCCAUCAAGAACUUCAUCGCUGGGUUGCCGGCUUUCCAGGCCUGGGCUGCAACUAGCGAGCCUGUGGGCCCCACUGGGGGCAGUGAAGCAGAGCUCGGAGAAGCUGUGCAUGUGCCUGGCUUUACAGCCGAAAGCAUCGACGAGGAGCCGGAGGAAGAUGGAGUGUCGGCCGGCGGCGGCGGCGAGGCAACCGAGGAGACAGAGGAAGAUGCAGAGAUGGCCGACAAAAGCGCCGACGACACGAAUGACCCGGGGCUCGAGGCGGCACAUGUGGAGGACUCAGAAGUUCCAUCGCCGGGCAUGCCGAAAGUUUCAAUGGAGGAGGAGCAGAAGCUGCUCGACCGGGAUGCAGCGCCGGCACCGCAGAGAGCUUUGCAGGCCCAGCUCGAAGGAAUGGAGUGUGCUGAUCCAGCCCUCGAAGUUCUUCAGCAACAGCAGAAGCUAAAGCAGAAGGCUAGAGAGGACAAGGCGGCUAAGCUGUUGGCCAGGGCAGAAGGCAGCAAAGCGAAGGCGAAGGCGAAGGGCAAGGGUAAAAAAAAGGGAACAUCCAAGGAAGAAGCAGACAAGGCAAGCAACAGCAAGCCCGAUGAGACCGCCGAUGCAGACAAGCCAAGCGACAGCAAGCCCGAUGAGACCACCGAUGCAGACAAGGCAAGCGACAGCAAGCCCCGGGAAAGCGCCGAGACAGACGAGCCAACGGUGUGCAAACAGCCGACCAACAGCAUCGAUGCUGAUGAUUUCGACGGCCUCGUGAGGCUGAUCUCCAAGCUUGCACCCUCUGUUGGCUGA